AUGACAGGCAAGAGCAGGGAUCACCACCACAUCGCUGAUUAUAAUGUGCCAUUGGAGCCGGAGGAGCAACCUCAGCUCAGGACUCCCAAGCGCUUCCCAACGAACUCUCCCAGCUCCAACGUCCCGGUCACCUUUGGUGCGGCUUCCGUGGCGCACUGCAUUGGUUAUGAAGAGCAGAGCUUCAGUGCCUGGUAUAUCUGGUUCUGCGUGUCUCUCUUCCUUGUCGCGAUCCUCUCCUGCGCAGUCGUCUGCUGUCUCCAGUGGUGGCUCAAAAGGCGGGGGCUCUUCCCUCGCGCUCCGCGCACGCUCACCGUCUUCGCUCUCAGCGACGCCGAUUCCAUAUAUGAGAAUGACGCUGCCCUGUGGACACUGCCCAAAAUCCAUCCCCACCUCCAGAACCCUGAUUGGGACUCUUCUGAUUCCAGCUUUGACAUGAUGGUGGGGAGUGGGCCACCUCCCUCCUACGAAGAGGUCAUGAAGCAAGGGAGCUGUUCAGCCUCAGGGCCUACGAAGGGGGUGGUCUCAGACUUACCUCAGUAG